UGAUAAGACCUUCUCCUGCCCAUGGGCUCGGUCAUAUAAAGUCUUGAGGGAGAUAACCAGCAUUUCUCAAAAUCUUCACUCAGGCACACAAACGCUUUCUACAGUGGCUGGACCCAGACAGUGAGCAGCCAUGCCAUCUGAACUAGAGACCGCCAUGGAGUCCCUCAUCAUGGUAUUCCACCGCUACGCUGGAAAAGAGGGCAAGAGCGGCACCCUGACCCGCCGUGAACUCCGAACCCUUAUGGAGAACGAGCUCUCUGGGUUUCUCAAGUCUCAGAAGGAUCCGACUACCAUAGACAGAAUUAUGAAGGACUUGGAUGCCAAUGGAGAUGGGGAGGUGAACUUUGAGGAGUUUGUGUCUUUGGUUGUGGGUUUGUCCAUCGCCUGUGAAGCGUGCUACAGGAUGCAGUUAAAGAAGACACAAAGCUGGAAAUGAAGAGGAAAAUGAUCCAUGCAGACAAACUGUAAAGUUAAUCAUGUUGUCUAUUAAAAUGUCUG